CGCCUUUACACUAUGAUUCGGCAACGGUAGAAGCGAGCCAUCGCACCACAUCGCACACACGGUUCUGUCAUUUGCGUCCGUGACUCCGCUGCCUGGGCUCGUCGCGAGGAGAGACAGAGAUAUUGUGCGUCGUGCGGAUUCCUUUUCUUGCGCGAAGAAGCAACCGAGGGUUGGACGAUGAGCGAUCCGAAGAGUGGUGAGGACUUGUCGACGGCUAUCCUUCGUAAGAAGGAUAGGCCAAACAGGCUACUGGUCGACGAAGCGAUCGCCGACGAUAAUUCCGUGGUGGCGCUCUCCCAGGCGAAGAUGGACGAGUUGCAGCUGUUUCGCGGCGACACCGUGCUGCUGAAGGGCAAGAGGCGCAAGGAGACGGUGUGCAUCGUUCUUUCGGACGACACCUGUCCGGACGAGAAGAUCCGCAUGAACCGAGUCGUCAGAAAUAACUUGCGCGUGCGUUUGAGCGACGUCGUUUCCGUACAAGCGUGUCCAGAGGUCAAGUACGGAAAGCGCAUUCAUGUACUGCCAAUGGACGACACUGUCGACGGUAUUACCGGAAAUCUAUUCGAGGUCUAUUUGAAGCCGUACUUCCUGGAAGCUUACCGUCCUAUUCACAAAGAUGACAACUUCAUUGUACGAGGAGGUAUGCGAGCCGUGGAGUUCAAAGUUGUGGAAACUGAUCCGGGACCAUUUUGCAUCGUGGCGCCCGAUACAGUGAUACAUUGCGAGGGUGAUCCGAUAAAACGAGAGGAGGAGGAGGAAGCAUUGAACGCCGUGGGAUACGACGAUAUUGGCGGUGUUCGCAAGCAACUGGCGCAAAUCAAGGAGAUGGUGGAACUGCCCCUGCGACACCCGUCGCUGUUCAAAGCCAUCGGCGUUAAACCGCCACGUGGUAUCUUGUUGUACGGACCACCGGGAACGGGAAAGACUCUCAUUGCGCGCGCUGUCGCAAACGAGACCGGAGCGUUCUUCUUCCUCAUAAACGGUCCCGAAAUUAUGAGCAAGCUGGCAGGUGAGUCCGAGAGCAACCUGCGAAAGGCGUUCGAGGAGGCCGAGAAAAAUUCUCCGGCCAUCAUAUUUAUUGACGAACUUGAUGCGAUCGCGCCGAAACGUGAAAAGACGCACGGCGAAGUCGAGAGGCGUAUUGUGUCGCAACUGUUGACACUGAUGGACGGCAUGAAGCAAAGCUCCCAUGUGAUUGUAAUGGCAGCUACCAAUCGACCGAACAGCAUUGACGGGGCGCUUCGCCGAUUCGGGCGUUUCGAUAGAGAGAUCGACAUCGGUAUCCCGGACGCCACUGGCCGGCUGGAAAUCUUGAGAAUCCACACGAAGAACAUGAAACUCGCUGACGACGUCGAUUUAGAAGAGAUCGCAGCAGAAACUCACGGACACGUCGGCGCCGAUUUAGCGUCUUUAUGUUCGGAAGCGGCUCUUCAACAAAUUCGUGAAAAGAUGGACCUUAUAGACUUGGAGGAUGAUCAUAUAGACGCGGAGGUCUUGUCUUCGCUCGCGGUAACAAUGGAGAACUUUAAGUAUGCAAUGACGAAGAGCAGCCCGAGUGCUCUACGUGAGACGAUCGUGGAGGUGCCGACGGUCACCUGGGAUGAUAUUGGAGGUUUACAAAACGUCAAGAUGGAAUUGCAAGAAUUGGUGCAGUAUCCAGUGGAGCAUCCUGAUAAAUUCUUGAAAUUCGGUAUGCAACCGUCAAGAGGCGUGUUAUUCUACGGUCCACCCGGUUGCGGUAAAACACUAUUGGCUAAAGCGAUCGCCAACGAGUGUCAAGCGAAUUUUAUCUCCGUCAAGGGUCCUGAAUUAUUGACUAUGUGGUUCGGAGAAUCAGAAGCCAAUGUCAGAGAUGUCUUUGACAAGGCAAGAUCAGCGGCGCCUUGUGUAUUGUUCUUCGACGAACUCGACUCUAUCGCCAAAUCACGAGGUGGCACCGUUGGCGACGCCGGCGGUGCGGCGGACCGUGUAAUAAAUCAGAUAUUAACGGAAAUGGAUGGCAUGGGCGCAAAGAAAAACGUAUUCAUCAUAGGAGCGACAAAUCGGCCCGACAUCAUUGACCCGGCAAUUCUACGGCCCGGAAGAUUAGAUCAAUUAAUUUACAUACCACUACCGGAUGAGAAGUCCCGAGAAGCGAUAUUCCGCGCUAAUCUUCGAAAGUCGCCUGUGGCUAAGGAUGUAGACCUGAGCUACAUAGCCAAAGUUACACACGGUUUCUCCGGUGCUGACUUGACAGAAAUCUGCCAGCGGGCAUGCAAACUUGCCAUUAGACAGUGCAUCGAGACGGAAAUUCGAAGGGAAAAAGAACGAGCAAAUAAUCCAUCCGCAUCUAUGGACGUAAGAACGUUUAUGGAUGAGGAUGAUCCUGUACCAGAAAUAACGCGAGCUCACUUCGAGGAAGCAAUGAGGUUUGCGCGUCGUUCAGUGUCCGAUAAUGACAUUCGCAAGUACGAAAUGUUUGCACAAACACUUCAACAAUCUCGAGGAUUCGGGACUAAUUUCAGAUUUCCACAAAGUGGAGCAGGCGGUGCUCAAGAUAAUACGCAAGGCGAUCAAGCCUUUCAAGAUGAUGGAGAUGACGAUCUCUAUAGCUAAGUUUUCAUUUCCUUGUAUGUCAUUACAGUGAGCAUACGACAAAAGGGCCUGUCUGUUACCACAUAAUAUAUUGCACAGCAAUUGUUUUUAAGUGAUACAAUUGAGGUAUAAAGAGCGUAAAUAAAUGGAUAAAAUGGAAAUUUUAUAUGAGGUACAUACGGCUUUGUGUUUGUAGAAGAAGGGCACAGGCCCUAAUCUAUGUAUUGCUAAGAAACGUUCGGAUAUAAAAUAUCGAUUGAAAACUUGCUUUGUCAUAAUUACUUUUGCGCUUAACCAUAUUUAUAUUGACGGAACGGCGUCUUUUAGCGGAACUUGGGUGAAAUUAUCUUUUCUUUCUCACCAACACUUUAUAGGACAUGGAUGCGAUAGAAAUACAUUCGUGUCAUUCAUCAACAGUUAUGUGAAGAUUACUAUAAAGUGACAGGAUGACACUAUAUCGCAUAUACAGGUACUAUAGGGAUAUGGAUACUAUCCAUUGCAAUUUUGCUACGUAAUUUUACAUGAGUUAGUAAUUUACGUAUUUUUGUCGAGCUUGAACUCUCGGAAUAGACCCUUUUGCUGCAUUAUCACUGUACUCUAUGAGAAUACAUUCUGUUCACACGCAUUGCAGUAAUAUUAAAACAAAAAAAAAAGAAAUUAUAUCGAGAUGAGAUUGUCAACUAAUGAUGAUGUACGUUGACGAUUUUAUAAAUAUCCCUUAAUAGUAAAUUAAUCUAUAUACGACGAUAACGAGCCUCUUUUUCAAUCUCGUCACACAAAUCGUGCGAUUAUCUGCAUUAUAACCGUUCGCAGUUUUAUAAACGUUGAAAAUUCUGAUAAUGGAGGAGCCGAAUAAAAUUGCUAAAUACAACACGAA